AUGUCUUUCAAAAUCUGUCUCUUGUAUUUUCUGCUCGAUUCCGUCCGGGCCCGAGACAUCCCUAUCAAUAUAGGGAACUUCUAUGACUCGGUGGUGGCGCAGGGGUCAUGCAGGGAGCCGCUGCAGUCGGGCUUUUAUGACAUGGCACACAGUAAUGACAAUGGCUUUACCUAUUGUGGCGAUCAUAUAAAUGAUUACGGCAUCAUCUACCUGCAGGGUAGAAACGGAAAGCUAGCAAAUAUGGACGUCGACUGUGAUGGACUCAUUGACAAAAAUGAUGACGGCCGUUGCGAUAAUGCUCAUUCGAAUCAGAGUAUGACUGCUAUGAAGCGAUACGUGGCGGCUUACAGUAAUGGUGUCCCAGAUCUCAACCCAUUUGUUCACGACUAUGUAGUGUUUGGCAACACCGGUGAUAAGCCUGGCUGGGUAACGUUCGACCCCCGGGUCUACGGUAUGGAGCCCCUGAGCGUGAUGGCUAUCAUUUAUGGCAUAUGGGGAGACACGAACGGUGAUGAUGGUGUAAACCCCAGGGUUGGGGAAGCUUCCAUCUCAGUUGCCACUCUCUGCUUUGGGCACGAUUUAGAUGGUGUGGUAGGCUUUGAUGAAGAGGAAAUACUGUACAUCGGGUUUACUGGUGCUGAAGCGGUCCCAGGUACGAGUGCGAACUGGAGAGCAGCCGAUGAGAACGAGUUUCAGUCGAGUAUUAGGAGACUUGGUGACACGCUCAUCCAGCGGGUCGGUUCGUACUGGUAG